AUGGCAGCCAUAUCACUCUCACCGAACUUCGCCCCUCCUCGUCCGGCCAUGUCCACUAGACGAACGCCUUUGUCUAGCAACCCCAAUGUGGUCAAUUCCCCCUUGAGAGCCGCUUCUGCUCUGGCUCAGGCCAAGCACAAGCGCUCCCAUGCCAAUAUUCAGCGAGAAGAAUUAUACGCCCAACCGCCGCCCUACAAAAAGCAAGCUGUCGAGAAUGUUGGGUCGCGUCAACUGCGGUCGCCGUCCAAGAUCACGAAGGCCUCCCAGCUACCCCAACGUGUGGGUCGGCCCGUCACUAAGGAGCGUUCGACACACCAUGAUGACGCCAGCGUCGAGAGGAUCCGUCAAUGGCAGGCCGAAUACCGGGGGAGGUUCCCCAAGAUGGUCUUUUACUUUGAUAGUGUCCCCGAAGACCAGAGGGCCAAGCUUUCCAGACACGCACAGUCUCUCGGAGCCAGAGACGAGCGAUUCUUUUCGAGCAGCAUUACCCACGUCGUGACCGCCCGCCCGAUACCAGUGCAAGAGGACAUGCAAACGUCUGCACACGAUGUCGAGCCCGAAGAACAACCCCAGACCAUCAACCCGUCCCUUCUUGACCGGUCUACCGAUGCACGAAGGCGUCUCCUGCUGGAAACCACGUCGAGACGAGCCCAAACUCAAAACCAGGAUGACAGAACCAGGCGGACGCGAUCGACCCAGAGUAACGAUGUCCUACAUAAGGCCCGUGAUAUGGGCAAAAAGAUUUGGUCUGUCGAGAAGUUCCAGAGGAUGCUGCAGUUUCUGUUGGAGCCAGACCCGCAUGUUGUCGCGGCCUAUGGUGCUAAGGGCGAGCCUACGAGGCACCUGGUAAACAAAAAGACUACGGAGGAGCCCGGCUUGUUGCAGAUGUUGCAGCACGAGCGACUAAACGGACCUUCAGAUGCCGUGGCCAGCAGGGAGAUGAUCAAUUUCAAGGGCCCGUACCUUUACGUCUACGACAUUGACGAGAAGCAGAAGCCCAUCAUGGUGCGGGAAUACCCCAAGGUCAACAACAAAUACGAUGGCGAGUGGCCCCAGUUCAGGACUGUUACGGACGGACGCUGCCCAUUUGUCGAGGAACCUGAGGCGACCGAACGCUCUAGUCGGAAGCCAUCCACGCAGCAAAAGGAACAGAAGGAACCGAAAGAACGUGCUGCAACGAAGCCGGUUGCCGAAGAACGGCAAUCUCGUCAACUUCCUGAAGCCCUUGUACCCAAGGCCGUCAUUGGCAAGCGCACGCUCUCUGAAAUGCAAGAUGGGCAGAACAAGACUCGGCCUGUGAUGAAGCCCAUGGACGUGUUCAACCCUCCUAAGGCCGUGGUUGCCAAUCCCAUUGAUUUUGGACGGACACAGAACGCUUUUACCGGCCGGACUGGCACUGGCCGUUUCUUUGCAGGCGAGCCUGUGGCUUCUGGAGUGCAGCCGUCCAACAUCACAUCGGCUAUCCGCUCGCAGAUGAUAUCUUCUACAUCUGGUAUCAAUGGUGCAAAGGCCGGUACUAGCAAGGAAGUGCAUGGUUUGCAGCGAAAGGUGCUGCAAAGGGGAGCUCCUACGCCACAGGACGCCAGCUCUCGAAGGCUUACUGAGAUGUCGUUGGAUGCGACAUCUGCUCGGUCUACCAGCGUCUCCAGGACUACUAGCAGGCGAAUGGAGCUUAUCGAGGAGGAUCCUGACAAGCAGAGCUCCAAGCUCUCCAAGGCCAGCUGCAAGACGGCAGUACCGCCUCCUAAGAGUAAGCGUGACCUGAAGCCGGGAUAUUGUGAGAAUUGCCAGGACAAAUUUAAGGACUUUGAUGAGCACAUUCUUACUCGCAAACACCGCAAGUUUGCCGAAAACAUCGAUAACUGGGCCGAGCUAGACGACCUUCUCGGCCAACUGGGCCGAGUACCCAAAUAUUCGAGGCACUCGCACUGCGAUAAUUACGCGGGCGAGUCCUUGUAG